CCACUGUUGGUUGUAGAGUUCUCCAGUGGUUCUGUCUCCUCAGGUGUGGUUCCGCCCACUCCUCUCAUUCCCUUGACGGCUCCAGUCACGCCAAGUUGCUCAACAUGCUGCGGUUGAGUUCUGCUACAGUCCCAUGACUCUUUCAACGACUUGUAACUUCAUUCAGGAUUUGAUUGUUUUUUAGAACAUUUCAAGGCAAUUGUUUUCCGUCAUUGAAAAGUACCGUCGCAGAUCCCUGAACCUUGAAAAUGUGGAUGUUGUGAUCGAAGGAAUGGCGGUCUGUCAGGAAUGUCAAUAACUUUAAUAUUAGAUAGGGGUUUUUGAGUAACAUCAACCUCGAUUUGAAAAUGGGGCUACAAAAGAUGCUGUGUUGUUUGUUUGUUGCUGCUUGUGUCGGGCUGAUUUCGGGAAGUCUAACGAGCUGUGAUGAAGUGCGCAAAGUUUUUCAGCUGCGGCAGAUUGGACCAGUGAAAUCCCUACCCGAGAGACCGAGAGAAGGUUCGGACCUCCAGGUGUGCCAGUCCAGGAACCUGACAUGCUGUUCUAAGAAGAUGGAGGAGAGGUAUCAGGUGGCGGCCCGGCGGGAUGUUCAGAACCUCCUCCAGACCUCCUCCGCCAGCCUCAAGUUCCUCAUCUCCAGGAACGUAGCAGCCUUCCAAGAAAGCUUUGAGUCUCUGAUAAAGGCAUCAGAGAACCACACCAACCUGGUCCUCCAGGCGUCGUACCGUAACAUGGCUGGGGAGGCGUCAGGUCUGGUGAGAGAGUUGUUCACUGACGUCGGCCUCUUCCUCCUUGGCUCCGAACUCAACGUUGAUGACAUCACCAGCCGCUUCUUCGACGCUCUCUUCCCAUUGGUCUACCACCACCUCAUCAACCCCAGCCUCAGCCGCGUCACCCCCGGUUACGCCGAGUGCGUCCGCACCGCCCGCCGCGAUUUGUCCCCGUUCGGCGCCGCUCCGGGAGUCCUAGCCAAUCAGAUCGGGAGGUCGGGGGUCGGGGGUCGUGUGCUGUUACAGGCGCUGCACCUCGGCGUAGAGGUGAUCAACACCACGGAUCACCUGGUGUUUAGCAGGGAGUGUCGCAGAGCUCUGCUCAGGAUGCAGUACUGUCCCCACUGCCACGGACUCACCCUGUCUAAACCCUGUAUGGGCUACUGUCUCAACGUGAUGCGUGGCUGUCUGGCUAGCAUGGCUGAGGUGGACCCCCAUUGGAGAGAAUUCGUGAGGUCGUUAGAGGGGCUGUCGGCACGCAUGCACGGAUCUCAGGACCUGGAGCAAGUGCUGCUGGGAGUUCACGCCGUCGUCCACGACGCCGUCGCACAUGCUCAGAGGAACGGGCCACACCUCUCGGCACAGGUGUAUAAAGUAUGUGGUCGUCCCAGUAGACAGCCUGCCCAGUCAGUCAGCGGCCAGCAGGACGGAGAGUCCAUCCCUCUCAAAGCCUUCAUCAGAGAAACAGGAAACAACCUGGCUACCAGGAGGAAAGAGUUCCUGAACAGUCUGCGUUUGUACCGUACCUUCUACGGUGGCCUGGCGGACCAGCUGUGUGUCAACCAGCUGGCCUCCGCCGAUGGACUGGCCUGCUGGAACGGAGCCGACGUUGUCAAGAGCUAUACUCUGAGAGUGGUGGGUAAUGGAAUCAAGGCCCAGACUGCUAAUCCAGAGGUUAAAGUGAAGGAAGGGGACCCAGUCAUCCAUCAGAUCAUUGAUAAACUCAAGCACAUCAAUCAGCUGCUGCAGGGGAAGUCCAUCCCCAAGUUUGGAACGUUGGAUCUGAUCGAAACAGGAAGCGGCCAUGGUGAGGGGCGUGGCUACAGCGGAGACUGUGAUGACGAGGAUGGGUGUAGCGGAUCAGGGGGUGGAGAGGUCAAGAGGAAGGUCAUGACGGUCUCUAAACUGGCUCCAGGGAGUGACCACCCCCAGGGAGAGGACUCUGAAACGGGGGACAGAUCCAGCUCACAGGCCCUCCGAUCACAAGCAGCCACACUACUACUGGCCUUGGUGUUGACUUCACUACUGACGACACGACAUGUACCUAGCUGUGACACCAUCAGCCCUCUGCUGUGACCCCUCCAACACUUUCAUUUCCCUGUUAUCUGAGGAAAGGAAAUGAAGAGGAACCGUCUGAAGUGAGAGAGGGUAAACAGAAACUCUAGACGUUCUAGAACUUGAACUGUGUCUGAGUUCUAGAAGGAGACAGGGGAUGAUGUCAGACAGGAAGAGGAUAUCAAUGGAAACAGAAACCCACUGACCUGUGAGGAUAAAGAAGUACACAUUAUAACACUGUGUUUCUAGUAUGGAGACAAUCAUAUAUAUAUUUCCAGUAGGGAGAACAAGUAUUUGAUACACUGCCGAUUUUGCAGGUUUUCCUACUUACAAAGCAUGUAGAGGUCUGUAAUUUUUUAUCAUAGGUACACUAUCUAAAUCUAAA